AUGCACGUCACAAUCAAAACAUUGCAACGGACCUUCGUUACCGACCCUGAGGGAUGGCAGGGCCGGAGCUUAUACUUCGACAAACUCUUCUCUGGAAAAUGGGGCGACAAACAAGAGGAUGGCUCAUACUUCAUUGAGACUGACGCCAACAUAUUCGAACACAUCCUACGGUAUCUCCGUACUGGUGUUUUGCCGGUUUUCUAUGACAGACUGGCAGGCCACGACUUCCCUCUGUACCAAGCUCUGCUCGAAGAAUCAAAAUAUUUCGCUAUUGACAGACUAGAAAAGUGGCUAUGCGAGCGGAAAUACCUGGAGGCUGUCAAGAUAGAAUACAUAGCUAAGGAGACUCAGGAUCGAAGGUCCUACGAAAAGCACACUACAAGCUGGCCCAAUGGUCACACAUCUAUGCUGGAGAAUCACUUUGUUGAGAUCACGACAAGAAGCAAUACGGAGACCACAAUCCUUCCUGUGACAGUACAGCGGAACAACUUCUAUUGCCCGGACGCAAAGCAUGGCAAGAGUACCGAAGGAUACUGCAGGAGCUGUGUUGGUCGAGCACGGGAGCAAGGAAUCCCUGGGAUUGGUGGGUGGAGAACGGAGGAUGAACUCAUUUGGUGUAUCGUGCAAAAAGAAGUCGUUUUCGACCACGAUCUCUGCGUCAAUGCAUUUCGAGAUGAUGAAUAG